CUUUCGGAGAAAAAUGUCAGUCUCUAACAGGAUGUAUGUUUUCCUCGUAUAUUUUAGAGCGCCAAUGACUGUACCGACACAGAACCCUCAAACCCAAACAAAUACUGCAAGUUGUUCUCCUGGUUGGAUAAUGUAUCAUGGAUCUUGCUACUUCUUCCACACAAACAUCCGGUAUAGAUGGCGCGAUGCAAAUUCAUUCUGUUCAGCACACCAAACACAUUUGGUAAAUAUUGAAACCACCGAGGAAGACCAUUUCCUUAAGAAAGAAUCUUCAAAGAGGAUUCCAUUGUUGAAUGGGGCUUAUUCAGACACUGGUGUAUGGGUAGGCGGAAGUGAUGAUGCCAUUGAAGGACGCUGGGAAUGGAUAGAUGGUUUCAGUCACACAAGCAAACCGAUACAAGGAUACAGUAACUGGUAUCGUGGUGAACCGGAUUCAGGUGAUGGAGAACAUGAAGAAGAUUGUAUGUGCUUAGUUGGAGAGAAAGGUUUUCAAUGGCAAGAUUAUCACUGCAGCAAGCAUAUGUUCUUUAUAUGCGAAUCCUCUACGUAAGUUCUUGAUCAUUACUUCUAAAUUUUC